CACUGCAAGGCGGACACUUCCUUGCCAUGAGCCAGUUUAGCGCUGACUUUUUACUUCCUUCGAGAUAUUAAUUGCGCCGGCGACACGCACGCACUCCCCACGAGGGAGCAAAAGAGUGUUGGGGGGGGGGUUUAGAAUGCUGAGCGACGGAGAAGUCGCACUAGUUGGUCGCUGUGAGCCUGCACAGACCUUGACAAGCUGCGUUCAUGGAUUGACUCCAUGACUGCCAUUUGACUUUUUAUCCCCCAUUCACUUUCGUUUUUUUUUUUUAUUUUUUUUUUUUAUUUUUAUUUUUUUAGGUUAAUUGAUCAAAAUUUAAGGACAGUGGAUUAUUAUGGCAUCGACGGGCCGCUAAUUUGGAGUUGAACGAGGAUACUGUUUUCACCCCCUUUCAAAUCACGGAUUAACCUCUGGAAUAAUUAAAAGAGAAACUAUUUGGAAACCACAUCCUCGCUCCAACAUGAGGUCCCUCAGCGCGUGGAUUUGCGUAUGCAGCUUUCUUCUGCUCUUUGACGAGACCUUGAGUUCCUGGAACGGCGCUUCGGCUUUGUCCGCGCUCUUGGCUGACGGGCAGCCCGGGUCCGAAGUCUCCGGGACCCCGUCGGAAUGGGUGGACUGCAUCCAGGCGAGCGACAUGUGCAACCAGAACCCUCAAUGCAGCUCUCGGUACCGCGUGAUGCGCCAGUGCCUCGUGGGCAAGGAGAAGGAAGCCAUGCUGGACAACAACAGGGAGUGCCAAGCGGCCCUGGAGGUGCUGCUGGUCAGUCCGUUGUAUGACUGUCGCUGCAAGAGGGGCAUGAAGAAGGAGCUGCAGUGUCUUCAGAACUACUGGACCAUCCACAUGGGACUCACCGAAGGUGGAGAUGUGGAUGACUCGUCCCCGUACGAACCUGUAGCACCCGGCCGACACCAGGAUGCAUUCCGUUUGGCUUCCAUCUCCUCAGGGAUGCUCACAGUGGCCCCAAAGGGUUUCCACUGCGCAGACGCCGAGAGAACCUGCAACCCCUGCCUGGAUGCGGCCAAAGCCUGCAACCUCAACGGCACCUGCAAGAGGCACCGCUCCGCCUAUAUCGCCACCUGCAGCAAGGAGGACCCCAAUAAGGGGGAAACCUGCAGCAAGAAGCGCUGCCACAAAGCACUCCGCCUCUUCCUGGACCGCGUGCCCACCGAGUUCAGCCACCGCCUGCUCUUCUGCCCCUGCCAGACCGAGGGCUGCGCCGAGCGCCGCCGCCAGACCAUUGUGCCAGAUUGCUCCUAUAAAGAAAAAGAAAAACCCAACUGCCUGGAGCUGAGGACGGUCUGCCGCCAGGACUCUCUGUGCAGGUCCAGGCUGGCUGAUUUCAUGACAAACUGCCGCAGCAUCCCACCCACAGUGAGCACCUGUCCCAACCAAGACAAUCACCAAGCCUGCCUGGCCUCCUACACGAGACUCAUCGGGACGGACAUGACUCCAAACUAUGUGGACAGCAGCUUCAGCCACUGGACCAUCUCACCCUGGUGCACCUGCAAGGGCAGCGGAAACCAGGAAGAGGAGUGUGCCAACUUCCUGCGGAGCUUCACCGACAACACUUGCCUGAGGAACGCCAUUCAGGCCUUUGGGUACGGUCUAGACUACAUGGCCAGCAAGAACGCGUCCGUCCCCGACCCCUCGGUCACGGCGAAGACCGGGUCCGAUCGCUUGGCGGCAACUACCGAGCCUCCCUUUGUGACCAUUGUGAAGUAUCCCGAACCGAGAGACGGCGGGCCCGGCAAACCCCAGGGCCUGCCAGAGGAUCACUGCGCCUGUGUGCGUGCCAACGUCUGGGCUCUGCUUCCCGGCCUGGCUCUGGCUCUGCUCCGGGCUCAACACGCCUUAUAG